AUGGGAAACGUCUUGUGGGUUGUUCUUGGUACUACGACCUUUGGUUUGGUUACCAUGUACUCCAUUCACACGUUUGACAAGUUCUGGAACACUAUUAGCGGUGACGACGAAGACGAUGAGGACGUCGCUCCUCAGGCCAAAGACAAGAGCUUUCUUUCUUACCUCGCGGGAUCGAUUUUAUCGCAAGGUUUGGGCAUGAGGUUUGUGUUUGAGAGAGGCAGCGUCUUGCCGGAGCUCAUCGACGGCAUGCUCAAGUUUAGAAAUUUGAAGGUUGUGUCAUCCGAGAACAACGAGGCUCUUCGCUUCCUUGCCAAGAUCCAGGAGCUCAACAUCACUUUGUCAUUCAAAAAGUGGUACGAUGGAAAUGGCCUUAUUGAUGAUAUGGAAGUUUUUGGUAUGCACGCUAAAGUCUACAAGAAAGACGAUACUGGCCCCAAGAUCGAAUCAGACGAAAAGGUCGACACACUCAGCUCCUUCGCCAUGUCCAUGAGCAAGUAUGACAGCAACAAUAUCCAAAACGACUUCCAUGAGCACAAGUUGGAGGAACUCGAAAACCUUAAAAGCGAGAGCACCGCCUUCCUUGCUUCCAACUAUCAGCUUGGCCAUAUGAGAGUGCAUGACUCCUUCAUCGAAAUCUACGAGAACCAAGACAUAACCCCAUUCAAGGUUACCAUUUUCAACUGUGACCUUCCCAGACUCCGUGGCGACCGCUUAAUUGUUGAUUUCUUCAAUGCCAGCAACGUCACCGGAGCCGUCAACAACUCCAUGUUCACCAUUCACAAACAUCAAUCCUUCACCGACGAAAAUGUCGUGAGGUUCAAGCUCGACAGCAUCGACAUGGAGUCGAUCUCUCGUGCCAACCCACAGCUGAAGUUCAACUGGAUUGUUAAUGGAAAGGCAGAGAUUCUUGCCGAUAUUCGUCUUCCAGAGCUGAAAAAGGUCAAAGACGACAGCAGUUUCCUUCCAUCAACAUCUACCCUCCAACAAAUGUGGGCGGAUCUCAAGACCGCCACUUCGGCACCACAAGAGGCUCAAGAAGGCGAGGAGAAGAACAAUAACAGUCUUUUUAAGGGCGCUCUUGCUGCUCUCUACCAAACCUUCGCCAAGAAUAAAGAGCAAGAUGAUCCUCGUUCCCGUAACGAUAGCGAGUACGUCAUCGUCAACGUCAAGGUGAAGUUUAAGAACCUCAAGGCCGCCAUGCCACUGCAUUUGCCAAUGGCCUCUUCAACGUCACUCCCAUUUGUGACACUUCACAAGCUCAGAGCCUUGGUUGGAUAUGUCAACAGCAUGGAGAAGGAAAACGACCCUAUUCUCAUCAAGACUACUGUGAUUGAAAAGCUCACCGACUUGCACAAUCUUGAUAACAUCACCCAUACUCGAAUCUUCGACGCGAUCGUCAGUGACAUCUACGAUGACUUCAUGAAAAUGAUAAUCCUGGACGAGAAGCGGAUCAUGGAGGAGAAGGCCAGCACCUGGUCCCAGACCGUCGCCAGUCAGCUCUUGCUACUUGGACUCGGUGUCCUUGCAUAA